UCUGGUCUCUGCAUGGGCAUUAAGCGAUUAAGCGGGGUUACAAAGUUAGACUCGGUAACUGUAAUAAUAAUUUGGGUAUUCUGUAUCCUGUUUCCGCCUGGUCCUAAUCGUCCCGACUGACUGACUGUCUGACUGACUGUCGGCGAAUGAGAUAAACAAAGAGUCGGUGACUUUUCCGGAAAAUAGAAAGCUUCGCCGAUCCUCCCUGGAAACAUGGACGCUGGUUUGAGUCAGGGGAAGAUAGCCACCUUUAUCAAGCAGCUGCGGGCGGAACCACGCUACCUGCUUGCCCAGAAUGUGUCCACCUGCAUUGACCCGCUGGAGGUGUGUCUGCACCGGCAGACUGUCCAGGACACAGUGCACAUCUUCCAGCACUCCAUCCCCACAGAGGGCAAGCCUAUCACCAAUCAGAAAAACUCAGGGCGAUGUUGGAUCUUCUCGUGCCUCAAUGUCAUGCGACUUCCCUUCAUGAAGAAGUUUAAUAUAGAAGAAUUUGAGUUCAGUCAGUCUUAUCUCUUUUUCUGGGACAAGGUCGAGCGUUGUUACUAUUUUCUUCUCGCCUGUGUGGAGACAGCCCAGAGGAAGGAGCCAGUAGAUGGGCGCCUGAUCCAGUUCCUGCUCUCUAAUCCAACCAAUGAUGGAGGGCAGUGGGACAUGCUGGUCAACCUCAUUGAAAAGUAUGGCGUCAUCCCAAAGAAAUGCUUCCCAGAGUCACACAGCUCAGAAGCCUCACGCAGAAUGAAUGACAUCCUCAAUCAUAAGCUAAGAGAAUACUGUCUAAGAUUGAGGAACAUGGUUGCCAGUAACGCUACUGAAAUUGAACUGUCUGAAGCUAUGGACAACAUGAUAGAGGAGGUGUUCCGGGUGGCCAGUGUGUGUCUGGGCACUCCUCCUGAGACCAUCUGCUGGGAAUACAGAGACAAGGACAAGAACUUCCACCGCAUGGGACCACUUACGCCCCAGGAGUUCUACGGAGAGCACGUCAAACCCCUCUACAACAUCCAGGACAAGAUCUGCCUGGUGAAUGACCCUCGGCCCCAGAACCCUUAUGGGAAGCUGUACAGCGUUGAGUUCCUGGGAAACAUGGUGGGAGGACGCAACACUCUCUACAACAACCAGUCCAUUGAGCUGCUCAAGAAGGCUGCAGCUGAGUCCAUUAAAGAGGGAGAGGCUGUUUGGUUCGGCUGUGACGUGGGGAAACAUUUCCAUGGCAAGCUGGGCAUCAACGACUUGAAUGUGUUUAACCAUGAGCUAGUGUUUGGGGUUUCGGUGAAGAACCUUUCCAAGGCUGAGAGGCUGAUAUAUGGAGACUCUCUCAUGACCCAUGCUAUGAUCCUCACUGCCGUUACGGACAAGGAUGGGAAAGAUGGCUAUGAGAAGUGGAGGGUGGAGAAUUCCUGGGGAGAUGACCGUGGGAACAAAGGCUACCUGAUCAUGACUGAUGAUUGGUUCUCUGAGUACGUGUACGAGGUGGUGGUGGACAAGAAGUACCUUCCGUCUGUCGUCAUAGAAGUGAUGCAACAGGAGCCCAUUGUGCUUCCCGCCUGGGACCCAAUGGGAGCACUGGCAUAACUACAGAAACCGGGGUCUCAGCCUCAGGACCCCCCUACCCCCAGUCUGUUUGACUCUGCCCUAUCAUGUGGCUAGUUUUACUUCUCCAGUUAUACUGCCCCUCUCCCCUAUAUACUGUUCUUUUUGACAAAAAAAAAAAAAUAAUAAUAAAGUUUCUCUUUUUCUUUUUU